UAUACACGUUUAGCGUGCACUUCCGAAGCUCCGACACGACAGCUUUCACGUCAUCUGUUUCACUCGGGAAAACACCGUGACAUAAUUUCUGCAAAUACUUCCACUUUUAGCCACUUAGGGAAUCAUUGAAUAACUUCCCCAUGAGUACAGUGACGUGAGGAAGGAUUCUAGCUGCGAUAUUUCAGUGACAGUGUCGGAGAAGUUGAGAUAUUUUCCCGACACCAAGACCCAAGCACCAACAAGCCAUGGGGUUUCUGUUCUCCAAGAUUUGGAGUCUUUUUAACAACGAAGAGCACAAAGUCAUCAUCGUCGGGUUGGACAAUGCCGGCAAGACAACCAUUUUAUACCAAAUUCUAAUGAACGAAGUCGUCCACACGUCGCCCACGAUAGGCAGCAACGUGGAGGAGGUGAAAUGGAAAAACAUACAUUUCUUGAUGUGGGACAUAGGGGGACAGGAAUCGCUACGGUCAGCGUGGGGCACGUACUACGCCGGCACUGAAUUUGUAAUACUCGUCAUAGACAGCACAGACAGGGAGCGGUUGCACGUCAGUAAAGAAGAACUCUAUGUCAUGUUAGCCAAUGAGGAUUUAAAACAUGCGGCUGUCCUCCUCUUCGCCAACAAGCAAGACCUGAAAGGGUCGAUGACGUCGGCAGAGAUCUCCCAACAAUUGAACUUGACUUCCAUUAAGGAUCACCACUGGCACAUACAGGCCUGCUGUGCACUCACGGGCGAGGGGUUAAUCAAGGGAUUGGAGUGGAUCGCUAACCAGAUUCGGAGGUGACCACCGCCGGAAUAAUCAGAUUUUUUUUUUUCAAGAAAAAAAUUAAUAAAUAAAAAGGCAACACAUCCAUUCAGGGAAAAACAAUUUUUUUUUUUUUGGUUUAGUAAUGAAAAGGUUUCAAAACCAUUUUUAAUGGGGUUGUCUUGAUGGUAUAAAGACAAUUAAGUGAACAAUGGGUUGUCUGAUUCAGGUUUUUGAGUUCCAACUUGCAGUCCCUGGUCAACGCACCAUUUUUAACCCCAACUUCUUCUGACUAGACUGUGCGCAUGUAUAUCAUGUGGAGAACCAUUUUCAAAUUUGCUAACUUUGUUGAAAAAAAAUUCAUGAAUGACACUGCUCGGGUCUCAAAUAGACAUGUGCUACACACAAGAUUUGCUAAUUAUUUCUUGCAUGUGCUCAACUAUGGCCUGAUCAAUUCCUCGGUUUAAUUCAGAGGUGUUUUUAAGUGGGUGGGGCCUUGAUGGAGUGGGGGGGGGGGGUUAAAUUGUGUCACAUUAUUUUUUUGUGCAUGUGGAAAAAUCAAUGCUAUUGUUCGUUUGAUAUAUAUAUGAGGCUGUCAAUAACGAAACUUGAUAUAAGAAUUUGGGAAUAGAAUGACCACUUUGAAAGUCUGUGGGUUUUGCAAAAAAAUAAAAUUUUAGUCAUAAAAAAAACCCAGUUCAUUUUCCAAAUAUAUCAAACCUCAUUUGGUACAAUUAUGCACUGCCGUUGGUGUACAUUGUACUGUUGAACUUGUACUCCUGUAACAUAAAAUUGCAUAGUGACAACUUUGUUUCAAUUAGAAUUUUUAAACAAUUUUAUUGGAUUUUAUUUAUUUAUUUUUUUGAAUAGGAGGGAGAAUGCAUUUGUUUAUCAUCUUGCUUAAUCAUUUAGAAAUUGGACUAACAGUUUCACAGUUAUUGCUUAUUUUUGUUUAUUCUUGACGUAUUAUUUUUUUUUGGAAACUUUUUAAAAUCGUUACGUGUCGCAAGUUUUCAAUUGUGCUGGUUGGGUCAAUGAGACAGAGAUUCUUACCGCAAAACCGGUAACCGGCCAAAAUGACAUGUGAUGUGUAUUUGCUAGCCACUGGUUCCCAGCAAAUUUGUUGCUUGGCAUCCAACGUGCUAAGUAAUUUUUCAUGCUUAACAACUUCCAUGAAAUUAACCAAAGGGUGAAAUUGCCACUCAUAUUAUUAGUUGUAAACAUUUGUUCCGAUUUACUGUGUAUUGUAUGUAUUCGCUUAUGUUAAGUGAGGCUCCCUGUUUUAAUAACAAAAAUUCGAACUUGUCAGAAGCUUGGCCUUGUUCUAUUGCCUUUUAUCUUGAGAUUUUUAAACUCCUGUGCUGUAUCUUAUUCUAUUGGCCACGCCCACUCUCUCCAUCUCAUGAAUAUUUAUAAAUUUACAAAACAUGGGCCAGGGGCGGGGCUUAUCAGAUUUGGCAGAUGACCUUUACAAUGGCUGCCAGGGUAAACAGUCUAAGGCCGUGUCUGAAUUUAUAUUUGGCUACGUUUGAAAAUUACACACUCGCCUAUGGAAGGGUCUGCAGUCGCUUCCCAUAGACCUGUGCGUUAUUUCCAGUCGAAGCCAAGCAAUUUGAAUCCAGCAUA